GAAAAUUGAAAUUUUUCCUGUUACCCACAUUAAAGGCAUGCCAUCAAAAGAGAAAAUUAAGACCCCUCAACAACUAUGGGAGAAUGUUUCAUCAAGAUUUGUCCACUUUGUGGAGCAAUUAUUUUUCAUCCUCGGAGUACACGUUGGAAGACAUCCAGUGCGGACUGUUGUAUUAAGUUGGACCUUUGUGAUAUUAAGUGGAGUUGGAUUGAUGAAGUUCCAUAUAGAAAAGAACCCCAUGAAACUGUGGGUUCCACCUGAAUCAGACUUUUACCGUGACACAUAUUGGUAUGUUAACCAGUUUGGAACUGCCUUCCGCCUGCAGAGGGUGCUGGUGGAAGCCGAUGAUGUCCUGCAGCCUGAUGUACUACAAGCCAUAUACAACAUCACAGAGCAAGUAAAUACUCUUCGAGUUAGAUAUAAUCACACUGAUUACUCCAUAAAUGAACUGUGCUAUAAAGUCCCAGCUAUUACAAACUUUUUUAAUUUCAACACAAAAUCUGUGAAACAAGUGAGUGAUAAUUCUAGCUUAUCAAAAAACAAUAAAAAUAGUGAUAGUGAAUUUACAGAUCCAACAUCUUGGAUCGGUGAAGACUUUUACUGUGGAUUUAUUGAAAACUUUCCGAUGACAUGUUUGCAGCACAAUAUUGUAGAUUUGUUUAAGAAUGACUUAGAUUUAAUUAAAGGUGCAACUAAAUAUGACAUUGUUAGUAAAGUAAAUAGUGUUAAGAUUAACCCUGUUUCGGGUCAUGAUUUUGAUUAUACAGAGUUGCUGGGUGGCAUGAGUCAUGAUGAAAACGGAGACAUUGUUGCAGCCAAGUCUGUUAUACUGACUUGGUAUACAGAAGUAAAUAUGUCAGCCGUUGACUUGAAUGAAGUGGGUAAUUUAGUAGGGACUGAAGACUGGCUUACUGUGCCUCUUGGUUUGUGGGAACAGAAAUAUGUCGAUUUAAUGGUCACAUUAUCAAACAAUCUGAGCAACAUUACACUCUAUUAUGAAGCUGGAAGAAGUUUCGCUGACGUAAGUGGAGAUGCGAUAAUGCAAGAACUUGGUAAACUGUUCAUUGGUAUUCUUUUAAUGUUUAUGUAUAUACAGUUUGGACUCUCUAGAUUUACCUGGUUAGAGGUAAGGUUGACUUUAGGCAGCGUAGGUUUACUGUGUGUAGGUAUGGCAUAUAUCUCGGCCGUUAGUUGGUGUUCCGUCAUUGGUAUCUCAUUUGGUCCCGUCCAUUCGUCUCUACCAUUUCUCCUAAUGGGUUUAGGUGUAGACGACAUGUUUGUAAUGCAAGCUUGUUGGGAAAAUUUACCUGAAGCUGACUCGCGAAAGAGCAUCCCAUAUAAAGUGGGGCUGAUGCUGAAACACGCAGGCGUGUCCAUCGUCAUCACUUCCUUCACUGAUAUUGUCGCCCUACUGAUUGGCGCCAUCACAAUUUUACCAUCGUUAAAAUCUUUCUGUAUAUACGCGGCGUUUGGGGUAUUUUUCAUUUUUUGUUACUCUGUUACUUUCUACGUAGCUGUGUUUACCCUGGAUAUAAAGAGAAUAGAAGCGAAUAGAAAUGGUAUCCUAUUUUGUUAUCGCCACAAAUCUCCAGUUUCGCUGGCUAAGGAUAAGACUACUAUGCAAAAAUUGUUUGCAAAAUUUUAUAAAAACGUGGUUUUUACUACACCUGGUAAAAUAAUAGUCAUUAUAUUUACAUUGGCUGUAACAGGAUUUAGCAUAGAAGCGAUACUUAAAUUGGAACAGAGGUUUGAUCCUAAAUGGUUUAUUCCCGAAUAUUCUGACUACAAGCAGUACCUGAACGUUCACGACCACUAUUACCCAGAAGAAGGGCAUACAGCAAUGGUUUUCCUCGGAGAAAUGGAUUACCGCCAAGAACUGUCGCAUUUGUAUAAUAUGACGAAAUCUUUGGAAAAUAAGACGUAUGUUAAGGAUGUUGUUACUUGGCUCCAUCCUUUUCACGGAUAUGUACAAAGUAACUUCCAUUUAGAUGUGUACAACUCAACCGCCGUUUCAAAGGAACAGUUCAACUUGUAUUUAUCUAAGUUCUUAUUUAGUCCAAUCGGUGGAAGAUACCAAAGGAAUUUAAAGUUUUCAAAACCGUUUAAGUGUGGUCAAUCGGCAACGACGAUAAAGGCAUCUCAUAUAUCAUUUAAAUUUACAAAAUUCAACGGACCAGACGAAUACAUUCCGGCAAUGAAUCAAGUAAAGAAUUUAGUGGAGAAUGCGUCCAUAUCUUCCGGUGACGGAUAUCGCAGCGUAUGGUCGAAAGUCUUCGCCAACUGGGUCACAGAUGAAAUCAUAGCUGUCGAAGUCGAGAGGAACGUAGAGUUGGCUCUGCUGUGCGUCAUGGUUUGCACGGCAGUCUUGAUAACAAAUCUGCAGAUGUGUUUUUGGAUAUUCAUGUGUGUUCUAUUAACAAUAGUAAAUGUUUUAGGUUUUAUGCAAAGAUGGGGGAUGACUGUGGACAUAGUUUGCUGUAUCGGACUCGAGCUUGCAAUAGGUUUGUGCGUGGACUACGCGGCGCACGUAGGACACACGUUCCUCACGAUUCCUGACGGCUCUCGAUCCGAUAGGGCUUUCAAAACGAUCACGGCAAUAGGCGGUGCGGUGCUGUUAGGUGGAGGGGCUACCUUACUUUCCUUGUCUCUUCUAAGCAUGUCACAAGCUUACACUUUCCAGACAUUUGCCAAAAUUUUCCUUCUCGUCAUAAUUUUCGGCUUAUUCAACGGGUUGGUGUUUCUGCCAGUGGUCCUGUCGUUAAUAGGACCGGCAGGACAUAAAUCAAACGUAAAAGGGCCUGAAGAGGUAGAAAUGAACGGAAAACAACGCGCUCUAGAAACAGAAUGAAGAAUACAUAUAUAUCGCGGAAACCGGCAAUUUUCAGGACAAUGCCUAGAAAUUGAUUUGUAAGAGCUGGCGUGACUGGAAACGUCGAUAGAUUAGUACAAAUCUUGUGCCAGCUUUCAUGAAUCGUCUUGCAGCUCUUCCGAUCUUCAGUACGGCAACAUGGCAACCACGUGCUCAGAAUGUGUGAUAGUAAAUACGAUGAUAGCGACAGAUUAGAUUAUGAUUAUUAAUUAAUAAAUGUAUGAUCCACAGCAAUGUAUUUAAUAACAACUAAUGAUAUAUUUUUUGUUCACUAGUCAUG